GCGGCGGGAUGGGGUGGCUCGGGGCCCGCCCCCGCGUCCUGUUCGCCGCCUGCCUGGGGCUCUUCGGGGCGCGCGGGGCGCUCGGAGCCUCUUUUUAUGGUGAAAGCUAUGUAGGGCUCGACAUCAUAGAAGUUUCCUCUGAGUUAUCUCUUCAAUUAAAGUUUCAAACCAGCAAACCACAAGGAUUACUUUUUCUUGCAGCUGGGGAAAAUGACUACUGUAUAACAGAACUUCUAUCAGGAAACUUACAGGUGAGAGUUAAUUUGGGGACAGGUGAACAAGUGCUCCUUUCUGAGAAAAGACUUCGUGUGGAUGACUUGGUUUGGCAUUUAGUGGAACUGUACUGUUUUAAGGAUAAUAUCUCUCUGGUUAUUGACAAGCAUUAUGAGAUGACUGGCCAAAUCACCGGCGGGAUGCACAAUUUGCAUUGUCAGCAUGGAAUUUACAUAGCAGGCCACGGUGGACUUGAUGUCCCGUACCUAGAUGGAGAGAGCCCCGAUUUCCGUGGAUGUAUGGAGGAUGUGGUGUUUAACCAGAGGGAGAUCCUUACAUCCCUUAGAUCGUACCCUGGUUUUAAGAAAGUUUAUGAGGUGUCACUAGGAUGCAAUGAUGAAUGCUUUGCAGCAGAGGAGGAAGCCAUCAAUUUCUUUAGCUCCAGAUCCUGUGUCACCUUCCCAGAAUGGAGGGUGCAAGGGGACGGGCUAUUUGAAUUUGCUUUGCAGACUGGAACUCAACAAGCCUUGCUUUUAUUUCAGUCAGGUAGAGAAGGAGAUUUUGUUGCUUUGGAAAUAGUUAAAGGUUUAUUGAAGGCUCAUGUAGGAAGGAAUAAGAGUAACACCACGCUCUCUUCUUUUCGCUUAGUUAGUGACAACCAGUGGCACGUUAUUCAACGCAGAUUCGCUGAACGGUAUCUGGACCUGAUGGUGGAUGAACAGGGAGUAAGGACAUCGCUGCCUUUACAAAGCAAACCGUUUGUAUCUGAAGGCCCUCUCUUCGUGGGAGGUCUUGAUAGCCGCAAGGGAGAAGAAGUUAAAAGGUUAGAACUUGCCUCUGUGCCUAGGAAAUCUGCUCAAGGAAUCUCUUUCAAAGGGUGCUUAAGAGGCUUGGAAGCCAACUCAGAAAAGAAAGCAUUAAAGGAUGCCCUUAUUUCCAAAGAUAUAUCUGCUGGGUGUAAAAUGAAGAGUGGUGAUAACAAAAACCCUUCUGUAACAACCACAGAAAAGCUGCUUCAGGCAGAAGUUCCCCUUUCCACGGCCGACCCUGAGGUGGGCAAGCCUAUUCUUCAAGAAGCCAUUAGCUAUUUCUUGGUUCUGAAUAACUUGAAGGUCCAAGAAGGUGGGCAAGCCGUACUGGAACAAAGGCAUAUGAAGGUGGAUGUGGAAUUGAAGGAUUUGGGUGUCCAUCAGUCUCAGAUACGAUUUAAAAUAAAGGAGAUGCCUACUCAUGGGUUCCUUCGAUUAGAUGUUUCCCCCAAACAAGAAAUGGAGAAGGCUUUUACUCUGUUAGAUUUGGGGCAAGGAAAAGUUUGGUAUGUCCAUGACGGUUCAGAAGAACCUAGGGAUUAUUUCACAUUUUCAGUCUCUUCCAACAGCAAGAAGGAAGUGCUAUUACAUCUUCAAGGACAUGUUUCAUAUGUGUUUAACAUUAUUGUCAUUCCAGUAAAUGAUCCCCCAAAUCUUAAGCUCCCCCAAGGAGACUUGCUUCUCGUGUUUGAGAAUUCUAAGAAACGACUGACUCCAAAUAUCAUACAUGUGUCAGACCCAGGCACAGAUUCCUUGAGUCUUAGUUUCUCAGUUCUUGGCAACUUCAAUUCAGAUGCUGGGUUUUUAGAAAACACCAGUGAUCCUGGGAGAGCCAUUAACGGUUUUACAUACGGGGAUUUAAGAGAUGGCAACAUUUUGUAUGUGCGCAGGGGCCAUCAGAACUCCCGGAUCCUUCUGAGAGCAAGUGAUGGAGAGCUGGUUAGCAAUACAGUGGUGUUACGGGUCAUGGCUGUUCCUUGGGACUUUGCAGUGGCCAACAGAACCAGUGUGGUCGUACGACAGGGUGGCACGGUUCUGAUUACGCAGAGCAACUUGUUGGUGGAGGUUAAUGGUGAAGGCCCUGAGGUGGACACCCGCUAUGCUAUCACUCAUCCACCUCGGUAUGGCCAGAUUCAGUGGCAGGGGUCAAGUGGCGAGUGGAAACAAACUAGUACCUUCUCUCAGCGUUCCGUUGAUUGGGGUCAGGUCCGAUACUGUAGUACAUUCAAAGAAUUGCAGCUAGAAAAUGUUACAGAUCACUUUAAAUUUAAAGUUAACAUAGAAGGAAAAAGCAGUGAAGAACUGAUGUUUCCGGUUAUGGUACAAUGGCUGAAGUUUACCCUUCUGAAAAAUGUUCCUCUUGAGAUCAGUAAAAUAAACAGGCACGUAUUGAAUUCUGAUCAUUUGCAGGCUGUGACAGAGGGUGUGGAAGUAGCUGAGAGGGAACUGCAUUUUAAGUUACUGACCCCACCUAAGAAAGGAAAAUUGCUACUUGGCACAAAAUUUCUAAAAACAAACUCAGUCUUCAGCCAACAAAACGUUACAGACUCUAAGAUAAGUUAUGAACCACAGGGGAGGCCCAGGGAACAUUCACAAGACACUUUUAGGUUCUUGAUGGUUGCAGAACACGUCAAAUCAAAAGAUUAUACGUUCAGAAUAAAUUUUAAAGCAGAUAAGAGGGGCAUUAUUGUAAUGAACAGAGGAUUAUUUGUAAAAGAAGGAGAAGAGAAAUUAAUCACAAAAUUGGAAUUAUUUGCUCAAACCUCGGACAAUCAGACUUUCCAGUAUAAAAUCACCAAGAGUCCUCAACAUGGGAAGCUGAAACUGACUCGAUCUUCAGAUUCUCUGGGAAGUCAUGACAGUAUCACCACGUUCACUGAUCAAGACAGCUUGGGUGAGCGGCUCAUGUAUGUGCACAAUGACUCUGAGACCCAGUGUGACGAGUUCCUCCUCAUGGCCUCCACUGCAGGCCUAGGCCAAGAGGGAGUGGUCAGGGACUUUGAUACAGAGCAUCUGUCUACGGAAAUUAAAGUCACUGUUUCUGUGGAGUUAAAGAACGAUGAGAAACCAGUGCGUGUGGUGGAUAAAGUCUUUCACAUCGUGCGGAACGGCCAGCGCUUGCUGACCCUAGCUAAUCUCUGUUACCGUGACCCCGAUGCAGAUUUUGAUGAUGGGCAGUUGCUCUACACCCGGCGGGGCAUUCCGAAUGGGGACUUGGUGCAAGCCAGUAACCCGACUCAGAAACUCUACCAGUUAAGGCAAGAAGACGUGCGGGAAGGGCGUGUGCUCUUCAGGCAUCAGGGUGCAGACUCGGCCCGCUUUGUGCUGUUUGUGACAGACGGUGUCCACUACACAUCGUCCCUCCUCGAGGUCAGUGUGUCAGAUCCCUAUGGCCGCAUAGCCAACAACACAGGACUGCUGGUGCAGAGAGGAAAGGACAGCAGCCUCACGACAACCAACCUCAGUGUCACCACAAACCAAGAUGACACAGCAGACCACGAGAUCAAAUUCCACAUCCUGCGGCCCCCAAAGCAUGGCAGAGUGCUGGUCAACAGCUCAGGGCCCGGCUCAUUUUCCCUGCAUGACUUGAAGCAAGGACAUGUGAUUUAUAGACAUGACGGCAGUGGCAGCUUCGAUGUGUUCAACCUGACGGUGAAAGUUAAAGAUACAUAUUUAGAAGUGGGCGUGUCCGUGCAAGUGGACUCAGAAAGCCACCAACAUCACACCCAAAUUCUGCAUAGCAAAACCCUUGUGGUUGAAGAAGGAAAACCAGUAAAACUGAGUAGAGGAAGUCUCCAGGUAGGUAGUGGUCCCAGCGCCAGGCAUCCUCACUCUCCUAGAACCGCAGGGGCAAAUGAUCUGCUUGCUUCCGGAAGGUAUUUUUGUGUUGAUUUCUCUCCUGGUAUUUGGAAUGACUUUUAAAAAAUGUAGAUGCCAUUGAGAAGAAAAGCUAGAAGGUUUCAUGAUUUUGAUACUGCUAAUUGUGCUGUAGUGAGAAAUGGAAUAUAAACAAUCCUAAGCCUCAUUUUAAAGCUAUGUGCACAUGAUCACACACGUAUGCAUGUAUGUUUGGUGUAGGAUGACCUGAGAAGGAGGAGGGAAUGUAUAUAUUAUAGUAAAUGAAGAGGUCAUUACUUUUUUCAUUUGUCAUGGCAACACUGCCAGUAUUUCAUUUGGUCUGAGUUACAUUUGUAAUGUGGUUUAGCAGGGUAUAAACGAGUAGGGUAAUUUAACAGACAUAAAAAGGAUCCCUAAAAUAGAAGAGGAUACUAUAUUACACAGUUUAUUUCCUUAGCUCUGAAUGUGGCCUUGUGUAAUUUCUUGAAAUUGAUGGAUCAAAUUGGCCUAGACCAGUGGAAGGCCAGGGGUGAGACCUCAUACCAGAAGCUUCCUGGUUUCCUGAGGCUCCAACUUGGAAGCUUCCAGUAGCACAGCCCUGCUGCUCAGAGUCAGGAGAGAGUGAGUAACCUGUGCAGGGUAUGUAAACUGUGAUUUAUGACAACUGGCCACAAAUGCAGGCUAUUCUGAAUCUACCCUCAGGACUGCAAACGAGUUUGCCUGCUUGCUAAAUACAGCCAAUAACAUCAAGGAGAAAUGAAUUCAAAUCAGAAGCAGUUUACUAAAUAAUGAACUUUGACUAAGAGAAUACGGGGCCCGCCAGCUUUCCUCAAUUCUUUUUCAGGAUCUUAGAGAGUUAAAGUUUCACCACAAGGGGGCGUAUAUAGUUCAGUGACUAUAAAUCAGUAACAGUGACAGUUUUUUGUUGUUUUUUUUUUAACCUAUAAAGUAUCUUUAUUGAAACUACCCUUUAAAUAUUUUACAACUGUGAUUGAUAUGAACAUUGUCAAUUUGGGUAUCAAAGUAAUUAUCUUUUUAAAAAAAUUAUUCAACGGGUAUUGAAUAUAUUCUAGACACUGUGAUCAUGCUACAGACAAAUUCUCAGCCUCCUACUGGAGCAGUAUUGUUAUUUCCAACAUCUUCAGGUGACAAAAACUGCUUUUCACCAGCAGAGUUGUGGCCUAUUCCUGUUUCUUUGACGCCAAAGCCCAGUUUCUGAACCACUAGGUUUUCCUACCUGCCUCAUUAUGGAAACUGUGGGAUCAGACUGCCUGAGUCUGCAUCACAGCUGGUCUCUUAAAGCCUUUUAGUUGCUUAACCUCUGUGUGCCUCAGUUCACUCUUCUGUACAAUGUGAAUGACAACAGAGCUUACUUCAUAGGGAUGUUGUAAAUCUCAAAUGAGAUUCUGCAGGGAAAGUGCAGAACAGCACCUGGCAUGUAGUAAACGCUCAAUUUAAUGUUGACAAUGACAGUUUUGAGAUGGAUUUUGCUGAAUCCGUAAAUUAAAUGUAUAUUGAAAAUGCUGAACUAGUUUAAAAAUAAGCUUUCCUCUAAAGUCUUGCAAUUUUAGUAAGCUGCUAUUUCUUCUACCAUCUUUUAUUCCUUCUCCUUAUACCAUUUUAUUUCUUUCAGCACAACUUUCUGAAUCCUAGGUUUCUUGCCACUGUGAAUGAUGCCUUGUUAGUACAUUAGUAGCUGUUCAAAUGUUGCUUUUCCUUUGUGACCAGGGCUGAAAUUCAAAAUGUUAGCAUGGUCACCAGAACAGACCCGGGCUUAAACUGUGUAUCUGCCUGGA